GCGCGCAACCCCUGAGCUGGCUGGACGCCCCUCAGGCGGCCCCGGGCUUUGGAGGCCGCGGCGCCUGCGCGUUGAGUCGCUUCCGGGUUGUCCAGGCGCAGGCGCAGAGCCGGGUCUCCCCCUAAGCGUGCGGGACAGACCGGAGCGACCUGGGGCUGCUCUGCGGGUUCUCGAGGGCCUGUGUCUGCGUGCGAAGAUCGAGGCCGCGGUUCUCGUGCAGCUACAAUGCUGAAGAGAGUCACAAGGCUUAUCUUCAGGGUCCAUAAGCUGGACCCUCUACGUUACUUACAUACGGGAACUCAGACACCCCAACAUCUUGCUGCUUUGGACAACCUGGUUCGAGUGGAAAGACCCCAAACUAUUUCUCGAACCAGUGAGAGUGACCCGGCCAAGCAUGGGGAACAGCAUGAAGGUCAGCACUACAGCAUCACCCCCCAGGAUCUGAAGACUGUAUUUCCCCAUGGCCUUCCUCCACGCUUUGCAAAGCAGGUAAAGACAUUCAAUGAAGCGUGCCUCAUGGUAAGAAGCCCAGCCUUGGAACUUAUACACUAUCUGAAAAACACUAAUUUUGCCCACCCAGCUGUGCGCUACAUUUUCUAUGGGGAGAAAGGAACAGGAAAAACGCUCAGCCUCUGCCAUGUCAUUCAUUUCUGUGCAAAGCAAGACUGGCUGAUUUUGCAUAUUCCAGACGCUCAUCUCUGGGUGAAGAACUGCCAGGACCUCCUACAAUCCACCUACAACAAAGCACGUUUUGAUCAGCCACUGGAGGCUUCAAACUGGCUCAAGAAUUUCAAAGCUACAAAUGAGCGUUACCUCAGUCAGAUAAAAGUUCAAGAGAAAUAUGUCUGGAACAAGCGAGAGAGCACGGAGAAAGGCCAGCCUCUGGGAGAUGUGGUCGAGCAGGGCAUCACACGGGUGAGGAACGCCACCGAUGCCGUCGGGGUGGUGUUCAAAGAACUGAAGAAACAAAGUGCUCUGGGCCUCUUUCGCCUGCUGGUGGCAGUGGAUGGAGCCAACGCACUCUGGGGCAGGACCACACUGAAAAGAGAAGACAAAACCCCGAUUGUCCCAGAAGAACUAGCACUUAUUCACAACAUGAGGAAGAUGGUGAAGAAUGACUGGCACGGAGGUGCAGUGGUGUUGUCUUUGAGCCACACGGGCUCUCUCUUCAAGCCCCGGAAUGCCUAUCUGCCCCAAGAACUGCUGGGAAAGGAAGGAUUUGAUGCCCUGGAUCCAUUUAUUCCCAUCUUGGUUACCAACUACAACCCAAAGGAAUUUGAAAGUUGUGUUCAGUAUUACCUGGAGAACAAUUGGCUUCAGCAUGAAAAAGCGCCUACAGAGGCAGGAAAGAAGGAGCUGCAGUUUCUGACUAACAGGAAUCCCGAUCAGCUGGAGCGGCUCUGUGCCCACCUCUGAGCAGACACAGGGAGCAAGGAAGGUGCUGCUGGGCAGGGACCCCGCCUGGAGCACAGCCGCUGUCAGCUCAUCUCCCCAGCUCUGGAAAACCGGGAGUCAGACAGCUUCGUCAUGCUGAGACUCACUGCAGUUUGUACAGAUGGUUUCCACAUUUCAAGUCACCAUGGAUCUUUUAAAAAGGACUAAUUGUGGGGCUGGAGAGACAGUACGUGAGUGACAGCUCUUACCUUGAAUACUGCUGACCCCGGUUCAGUCGCCAU